UGUGUGACGUCAUAUCACCGGGACGACGCCGUCUGAGGACAUGAGUCGCUGAACUUGAAUGUUGCAAACGUCCCAUAAUUAAAACCCGAUUAAACAGCAGCUGUAUUCUCACCAUGUUGGCCUGUAAACGGAACUUUACCGGCACUAUGAUCGCUGCUCUCCGGGUUCUUCGCAGUAAUCAAGUUGUUGUUUCUGGCCAGCUGCACAGAUGUUUGACCACACACACAGACGGAGAGGACCGCAUCGCAAAGAUAUUGCGGGAGAAGUUCCCGUUAGCCUCAUCGCUCAAAGUUGUGGAUAUAUCAGGUGGUUGUGGAGCCAUGUAUGAGAUCCAUAUAGAGUCCAGUGAGUUCAAAGGAAAAAGGACUGUUCAGCAACACCAGUUAGUCAAUCAGGCACUCAAGGAUGAGAUUCAAGGAAUGCAUGGACUGCGAAUAUUCACUGAUGUUCCAAAACAUUAGUACAAGUCCUUCUGCUUUUCAAUCUAUUAUGAAUGUACAGUUUUAAAGAGGAUACUAUGUAGCUAAUUAGUUUCAUAAUAAUUGUUAAUGUGCCAAUGGUAGACAUGCAGAGGGACAUUGUCUAUCACAGUUACACAUUGACAAUGUAAAAAUGUGAAAUAAAUGUAAGAUUACAAUAAAGUUAUCAUUGUUUUUACCAGUGAGGUAUCCUCUACUCUGAGAUUAUAUAUAAAACCGGUGAAUGCUACAAUACGCACAAAAUGACAUGGUUAAAUAUCAAGUCAUGUAGGGUUCUUAUCAGUUUGGGGUCUCUUCUCAGGGUUAAUGAUGAUGAUGAUGAUGAUGAUGAUGAUGAUGAUGAUGAUGAUGGUGUAAUGAUAAGCGCUCCUGCAAGUAAUAAAUAAUAAGCCAUCCUGAAUAUUAAAGAAAUGCUACAGACCUGCUUUAAACUGAGAAAAAACAAAUCAGUUUGUGUAGCUUUAUUUUGCUAAGUCACUGACACUGCAGGCACAGUUCAUGUGUUACUGUCUCUUGAAGGUCGAUUGAUUUCAAAUCAAUGUCUAAUCAUUAGAUUGUACUUGGACCUGUUGUAUUUAUGCUACCUUUGUAUUAGUAAUGCAAAUUGCAAUAAAAAGCAGUGGCUCCCCAA